AUGGAAACUUCAUCGCAAGGCUUGGGGAUUUUGGAUUGGCGAGGCUCAUGGUCCAUGGAUCAUGACAAAAGCCCUGUUUCGACUCUAACUGCGGGAACAAUGGGGUACCUUGCCCCAGAAUAUCUUCAGUAUUGGAAAGCAACUGAGAAGACUGAUGUUUUCAGCUACGGUGUGGUCAUACUUGAAGUGACUUGUGGGAAGAGGCCAAUUGAGAAAGAAAUAGGUACUCAGAAAAUGAUCAAUUUGGUUGAUUGGGUCUGGAAAUUGCAUUCUGAGGGAAACAUUAUUGAAGCAGCAGAAAAAAGGUUGAGUGGGGAGUUCAAGGAGGAAGAAAUGAGGAAGCUGUUGCUUGUGGGUUUGAGCUGUGCAAAUCCAGAUUGCAUGGAGAGGCCUUCCAUGAGGAGAGUCUUUCAGAUCCUUAAUGACGAGGCAGAGUCUGUGCUUGUGCCAAAGAUGAAGCCAAGUCUCUCUUUCUCUUCCAGGUUGCCUUUGAGUCUAGAAGACAUCAUGUCAGAUGGCGAAGAGUGCAAGACUCCGUAG